AAAUGGUGGUGAAAAUGUUGUAAACAGGAACAUUCUAUGUCUUACACACACACACACGCACAGAAGCUGUGAAAUGUAUGGAAGCACUGCGGCAGACUGCGUGUAGCAGCAGCAGCAGGCUGCAUGGCUGAGUGGCUCAGCGUUCAAAGGGAGAGCGGAAGAUAGGAGGGGAAGCAGGAGGAGGAGGAGGAGGAGGAAGAAUGACUCCUGCAAGAGAGUAGGAGAAGGAGGGGGGAGCGAACAAUUUCCUUUCUGUAACACGCUGCAAGAACACGUAGGGAAGCCGAGCGAGCAAGGGAAAUAAUAGGCAAGAAAAAGAAGAAGUGAGGAGGAAACACCACAGCUCCCGUGUCCGUCUGUCCUCCAGCUGUAGUCCAGUCUUUUCUGAGCCGUGGGGAGACAAAAUCGAAAGCGUGUUUUCUCGUGACGGAGGCUGGCGGACUAACAUGGGGAAAGAGAGAGCUCCUGACGAGGACUGACUUCCAGUGGAGCUCUGCUAUGUGCUACAGUGUGGGGUUAAUAAGGCAGAGAGGAGAAAAGACAGGGAAGACAUAUUGAGGCUUUUCUCCGUCUUCAGGCUGCAGUAGGAUGUUCAUGUGCUCCUAAAGACUGACUACGAACACUGAAGAGAGGCCAAAUGGACACUUGGCGGUAGGCUUUGCUCAGGAGUCGUUGUGAUUAGGCGGCGAUUAUUCUAUAGGUUUGUUAUGAUCCGGAAUGACGAAGGCCUCUUAGGUAGUAAAUAAAUCCACGGGCUGCAAAACAAGGGCUACAGCUGAAGUCAAGCCCACAAACCCGUGUUUGUUUUUGGGGACAUGUUGGCGUUGUAACGGAGCAAUUGGUGAACGUUUUUAUUGUUUCUAAACAUUUCAAGUGAAUUAAUUCAAAGAGGGGUCAUUACAAGCCACGCUAGAGCACAUUAGGGCUACCUGGCAGCUACCUAAACACUACCGAACCCCGCAGUGAAAACACUUCAGGUCUGCUUUAAGCACAGAGGUGCACUCAGAGUAGAUCAGGGCGAAUCUAAGUCUCACUUUAGCUUUGUAAACCAGGGGACAACAAGACGAUUUUUAGAUGUUAAUGUCGACCGACGUUGCGUCAAUCAUGCUGCCCGUGUCCCGGGGUCUCAUGGACCGGGAUAGAGAGCUGGACACUAUGGCCGGAGUGCAUCCCAACGCGGGCGGCGCUCCUGCAGCUGUUCGGGGCAUGAAGCGCGGGGACCCGGAGCCUGACGGACAAACGGCGGCGGCUUUAGUAGACUCUACCGGGGCGGAGUGCAAGCGUCCCCGCAUGGAUGGCUCAGGAGGACUCGGCGAGGUUGGCCAGAAUAACGACCCCCUGACCCUUGGUUACCAUGGCUACCCUUCUCAUAGUCAAGGCUCUCAGGAUAGUGCUGGUGGUCAGGAGGGACUCGUACCCCCACCUUUCGCUGCCUUUCCUCCACCUCCUCCGCCGCCUCCUCAGAACGGCCUGGCGCUAGAUUACGGGGGCAGCCUGUACACAGCAGGGGCCGUGCAAGGUCCUGUGGAGGCCAGCGGAGCAGCUAACAGUGCAGCCAACGCUGCCAACAGCCUCAGUGUCCAAUCGGACGGCUCAUCUCAGAUUGACGGACAGUCAGGGGUGGGCUCAGGAGGUGGAGGUGGUGGUGCUGGAGGUCUCGGAGAUGAUUCCGACUCUAAACUGACUCCCAAACGGCUGCACGUGUCCAACAUCCCCUUCCGCUUCAGAGACCCUGACUUACGACAGAUGUUUGGGCAAUUUGGAAAAAUCCUUGACGUGGAGAUCAUUUUCAACGAGAGGGGAUCCAAGGGCUUUGGUUUUGUAACAUUCGAAUCAAGUGCAGAUGCAGAAAGGGCUAGAGAGAAGCUGCACGGCACACUGGUGGAAGGCCGUAAAAUUGAGGUGAACAACGCCACAGCCAGAGUGAUGACGAACAAGAAGAUGACCACACCGUUCUCUAACGGAGAAGGACUGGCUGCACUUCCUUAUGCUGGCUGGAAGUUGAGUCCUAUGGUCGGAGCGAUGUACAGCCCUGAGCUUUACACAGGUAAGACGGCGUCUUUGAUCUCCGUCCACAGAACUACAGAGUCUCUUGUCUUUCCUCACGUCUCUGUCCCUCGUUCAGUCCCAGGGUUCCCGUACCCGGCAGCUGCGGCCGCCGCCGCCGCCUCCACGGCUGCCACCUUUCGAGGCGCUCACCUCCGAGGUCGAGCUCGGCCCGUCUACAGCGCAGUCAGAGCAGCUGUGCCGCAGCCCGCCAUCCCGACAUACCCUGGCGUGAUGGCCUAUCAGGAUGGUUUUUACAGCGCGGCCGAUCUCUAUGGUGGAUAUGCUGCGUAUCGUUAUGCACAACCCGCUGCGGUAGCGACACCUGCAGCAGCUGCUGCAGCAGCAGCCUACAGUGACAGUUAUGGCCGAGUUUACACAGCAGAUCCCUACCACGCUGCACUCACCCCGGCUGCCUACGGUGUGGGGGCCAUGGCCACACUGUACAGGGGCGGCUACAGUAGAUUUGCCCCAUACUGAGGACACUACCAUUUCCCCGGAGCUCCGUCCCAUCCCUGAAAAUCCUCUAACAGAAGAGCUCCCUCUGCUGUCAUGGAGGUGAACUGCACCAAGUUUGAAAAGUGUGGAUUCCACCACAGCAAAGAAAAUUCUGUUCCCACCCCCAGAGUAGUCCCCGUGUUUCCCUAUAUAUGCUACCACAGAAAUAGAGGAAUGCUGUAUUAAAGACUGACGGAAGGCCUGUACAAUAAAAAAAAAAGGAAAAUAGAAAAGAAAAUAGACUCUAAACGGCCACCUUCCCUGUUGCACGGCUGUAUUAUAGUCCCCUACUUUCCCUCUGCAGCACAAGCCUGGAGACGGAGCCCAGACGUUCUUCCAAACGUGUGUGUGUGUGUGUGCGUGUGUGUGUGAAUAAGUGACAUUUAAACAGCUGUCGGGAAAGAGAUGAGUGCUGCGUGGCCUGCGAACACUCCACAUGGGAGGGAGCGGGAGGAGGGAGGGGAGUCGCAGAGAGAGGGAAAGUUGAGUUGAAUCCGUCUGCAAAACAGAGAUGGGAAAGAGAAGCGGAAAGAAGGAGUCACUACAAUAAUCAAAAACACAAACACAGACAGAGAGGUGAAGAUUUUCAUUCCAGUCAUUUCUGAUAGAGAGACUGAACACGGUGGAUUUCAGAGAUCAUGUGAUCACUUUUUAACGCUACAGGAAAACAGGUGGGGAAGUCAGAAGAAGGGAGGGUUUUUAGAGACGUUCCUUACCUCAAGAUUUGUUAGUAUGUGGAAAUGGUGAACCUUUAAACUUAAAAAUGAUUAUGAUAUGCAAUUAGUUUAGAAAAAAAAGUUACCAAAUUAAUUAUUAUUAUUAUUAUUAUGAUUAAGAAGUCAUUAUUUUUUCUUGACUCAGUUUCUCAGCAGUUGUAGUUCAGACAGUGAAGUCAGAAGACAAAGUCCUACUCCACCUUCAAAACACAACAUUUCACUCUCUCAGAAUCACCACUGAAAUCACACUACAGAAAGUAUAACACUAUGCUGAAAUACUUUAAAAAAAAGAAAAAACUUUUCUAUUUAGUUCUAUUCAGUUGAUUGGAUCUGGACCUGGUCCUCGACGCCGAGGUUCCUGCGUCACCUGAUCACGUAGGCAUGUCUUAUUUUGACUUUGUUUCCCUCCGCACUCCGUCUUUUCUAGAGCAAAGUCCAAUAUUGAGUCUUCCUGAAACAAACGUCAGUGGGUCAGUGUGUCCGCAGUGCUGCCAACAGCAAUCACUGAGCAACAGAUACAGAGAGACGAGAGUUUCUGUCGGUGAGAUCGACGAACGAUUUUUUAAAAAUGCAAAACACCUUACUGUUGUGCAUAUUUCUAUAGAGUUGUAUUUGCAAAAAGUGGCUCUUUUUUGGCUUUUGUUUUUUCGUUCCAAAGAUUUGUAGGAAGCACAUUUUUCUGCCGUAUGUAUAAAUAUAUAUAUAUAUAUAUAAUCUUUAAAUCUUUGCUAUGACCAUAAUCCUUGAUAAUUGUAUCGAUGUCUGUGUUUGCUUUCAACUUCUGUUCCUUUUCCAAAAAUCUCUACAUGUUCUUCGGUUCUUGUUCUCGAGGUUCUGGGCCUCGGGGGCCGAGACGUCCCCGGGGGGCGUGCACGUGACACUAGCGUUCAUUUUUCCUCUCAGAUAGAAUUUCAGGCAAACCAGACAGCUGUUUGGUUUUUUUUUGUUUGUUUUUGGUUGAAAAUAGGAUGUGCUGGCGUGACUUUUUUUAUUGUAUUUCAAAAUAUGCAGGAAAGGCUGGAAUUUCUUUUUUGUUCCAUGUCGAUAUUUUCCAGGUGACUGAGAUGUUGGGAAGAAACAGGCCUGUAGCACUUUGGUUCAAGCCAACUGUGUUCUUUUUCUUCUUUAUUUUUUUUAAAUGCUUAAAUUUGUGUGUGUGUGUGUGUGAAGCAAACUCCUUACAUUUCAGUGGUGAAAUCUGUCAGUUUGGCCGUCGAGGUCUCUCCAGGUCGACGACAAGAAAAACAGACGUCUAAAAAGUGUUAUUUAAAUCCCAGGCAGGUUAAAGGAGUAGUUUGGAGUUCAGUGGCAUUAAAGGUUCACUCUGCAAACAGCUCCACCACAUGUCCGUUAGCCCGCGGAGCUCAAUGCAAAGAGCCUUUUGUUUGUUUGUUUUUUACAGCUAGUGUCUGUUCUGUCCAUCAUAGACUCCUGUUGAUAUAAAUAAUCUACUCCUUAUACCGAUAAUAAAGAAUUUUCUAAAAGGUGACAAAAAAAAAACAAUUAAAUAACAUUGCAUUCUACAUCUCUGCCUGUUGAUGUCACUAAAACCUACAAGCUGGUUCAUCAAUAUUCCAAAAAAGAAAAAGUACAAAAUAAAACAGAUUUGUUUUCACACUUUGACAAAAACCUACAGGUCAUGGAGAUGCUUUUUAUAUCCAAUGUGCUGCUGUUGGUUUUUCCUCUUCAGAUGUAACAUUUCUUUAAGAAAAAAAAAUCUCCAUAUCAUUGCAGAUGGACAAAAUGGGGGAAAAAGAAAAUAUAGCCAAAGAUGCUAACUAUCAGUCCCUAAAGCAUGUUCUGGUUCCCAACCUUAGAAGAAGAAAAAAAAGUAACCCAUAGAUGGACUUUUGGAGCCUCUGGACACAGAUAACCAGCAUGAGUGAAUCUUGUCAAGUUAAAAAAAAAGUUUUGCAUGAAUCUUGUCUUUCAUAUUUGACCAAUGAGCAGCUGAGCACAGGCAUGUUCGUCGAAGCCUACACUCUGUACAGAACGAGGGGCAGCUCCAGGUUUACAACAGAGUCCAGUGUUUGGAGACAAACACACAGCUGCUGCACAAACAUCAUUUUCCUGUCGUGGUUUUUACUGCCACCGUGUUGUAGUGAACUGUGGCCAUUCUUCAUAGUUAUUAUGGUUUCCAUGACCAGUCCUGCUCCUACUUCAUGUUGAUAUUCCCUUUGACUGCCAUUGUUUUGUUUGGUUGAGUUUUUUUUUCUUUUUGUCAAUGAAUGUCCAUGAAAUGUUUUAUAUAAAAAUGUUUUGUUGUGA